UGGCCCUGGACUCUUAGAAAAAGUUGUUGGGAAAGUUUUCAGAAAGUUUGUGAGGUCGUGUUACAGGAGCCUGUGGAGAGAGGCCUGGGGACUGUGUGUGUGGGGAGAGAGUCACAGGACAUAUUCGUUUAUUUUUUAGUGUUGGGGUCCCACACCAACCCUCGACCCUGCAUGUUCUUAGAGGAACUUUUACUGGCUUCUCGACUACACAGACAAGACAGGGGCAAUGAGCGAGGCGGAGAAUCAAUCCGAGGGAGGUUCCAUUGCAGUGGAGAAGAAGAUACUCGCAACAAGGGUUCUAGGCACGGUGAAAUGGUUUAAUGUUCGAAAUGGGUAUGGAUUCAUCAACAGGAAUGACACCAAGGAGGAUGUCUUUGUCCAUCAGACCGCCAUCAAAAAGAACAACCCGCGCAAGUACUUGCGUAGCGUGGGAGACGGCGAGAUCGUGGAGUUCGAUGUUGUCGAAGGAGAGAAGGGAGCAGAGGCCGCCAAUGUCAGCGGUCCUGAAGGCGUUCCGGUGAAAGGGAGUCGCUACGCGCCGAACCGCCGUAGAUUCCGGAGGGGAUUUGUCCGUAGGCGCGGACCCCCGAGCCAGGCAAGUGGAACUCUCUGAGUUGCUGGGGGGGUG